CAUGGCUUUCCAAUUGCAACUAAUUACCAUGCAAGAAGAAGAAAAACUGCGGAAAGGGCCUUGGUUCGAAGAGGAAGACGAGAGACUGGCAUCUAUUGUUGCCAUUUUAGGUGAACGUCGUUGGGAUGCGUUAGCAAAGGCUUCAGGGCUAAGGAGAAGUGGAAAAAGCUGCAGAUUGAGAUGGAUGAACUACCUUAGACCUAAUUUAAAACAUGGCCAUAUUACUGAAGAUGAAGAACGUUUAAUUGUUCAACUUCAGAAACAGUUUGGAAACAAGUGGUCAAAGAUUGCUAAAGAAUUGCCGGGAAGAACUGAUAAUGAAAUAAAGAAUUAUUGGCGAAGUCAUUUAAGAAAGAAAGCACAGAUUUAUGAACAAGAAUGCUCUGGAAGCAAUACAAGUACUAAUUCAGAAUUAAAAUCAUCAUUUGGUAAAGAUGAUUGUUCCUCUGCUGAUUCUUUAACCGAAACGGAAGUUUCUAAUUAUAGCAAUGAUCAUUCGUCAAACGAAACAACAUUACCAGAUUGGAUACCAAGUUGGACAUAUGAACAAAGUCAAAUGGAACAUCAUAUGUACCUUUGUAGAUUAAACAUAUGUUCAUGUUAUCCUCAGUGUUUUUCUGAAGAUAAUAACAAUAGUAUUAGUCCAAGGGAUGAUACUUCAUCUUCUAUAUGGGAAUAGUAGUAAAAUGAAGAAAGAAAGAGUUUGAAUUGUAUAGACAGACAAGUGUGAAUGUAAUUUCUUCAUUUGAA